AUGGAGGUUGAGGAAGCCAGCACCUCUAGCUCAUCGAAUCCACACGUGCAUGGCCUUGUCAUUUAUACAGUCUUUGUCCUUCGCGUGCUCGUAGACAUGUUUUCAUUCAAUUGCCCUUCCGUCAUCCAUUACACCUCCAUCGCCGCCACAUUAAUCGGCGGAGAAUGUAAAUCAGGGGUUAAAACAGUUUCAGCUCAUCAGCUAUAUGCCUGCCUCUUGCCUGCACAAGUAGAGUACUUCAAGUACUAUGUUACUGUUCCACUAGCCAUGUACGCAGAGGGGCCGGGAAAGGGUGUAGACGGGGGGACGAGGAAGAAGAGACAAUUUGGCGAAGAUGAGUGGAGAGUUAUGGCAUUGAAAGGGGUUGAAGCCCACCAAAAGAACAGGAAAGACAAGUGGGCACAUUGCCACAGCCAACAAGAAAAGAAGAAGAAGAAAACAGAGGACAUUGGGGGUGAGAAGUGGAGUUCUUUUGGGCCUAGGGUUAAGGUGAAGAAGAGGACAACAGCAUAUAAGUUUGGGAGAAUAUUAAUUAACUGA